AUGCCGACUGCAGGUGCAAACGGGAGGAUGGGCAGGGGAGGUAACGCGGUUUCCACAUCACCUACAACGGGCGACGAUGAACUUUCUGACAAUGAGUCCAUCAACUCAACCAUCGUCAGCCAACCCGACUCGGAUACGCAGUGGAACUUUGAGAGAGUUCUUUCCGAAGCUCCAAACGAAGAGGGUGACCCUUGGUAUCUGAUCCAGUGGACUGGAUACGAUAAAGAUGAAUGGACUUGGGAGCCAGAGACAAACAUCACCACUGUCGGUCUUCAAGAGUGGGCAGAGAUGAAAGCUAAGAUUGACCGGGGCGAGGCAGAACCAUUCGAUAUCGAAGCAUGGUUAGUCGAAGCCGCCGCUAUGAAGGAAGCCAAACAGGUAGCCCACCGAGAGCGCCACAGGAAGCGCAACUUGAAGCGCAAACAUCAGGGAAUGCCGAUGAAUCUGUACGACGACGAACAGGAGCAGGACUACGACACGAGUGACGCUGAGGCAGGCGGAGACGACGACGCCAACGAUGUUAUCCCGCCGCCAUGGCAGCCAGACGUGUCCGAAUCGCAACCCAGGCCGCGUGCCGAACUCAAUAUUGGUGGCCCCUACAGCGAUCUGAAGCCCAAACGCAAAGCUCCUGCCGAAAAGGCAGCGCAUCAAGAACGCCCUGCACCUCCAAGAAAGGCCUCGACCCGCCGGGAGCCAACCAUUCCGACAACCACUGGAUAUCAGGGCACAGCCCGGAAGGCGUCCUCAUCCGCGCGUUCCAUUAAAAGCCAAGAGGUCGGCGGAGAGAAGACUACGUGCCGCACCGUGACCGGCAAUGUGUUCAUCAGUGGCAAGAAGGUACAGACGCGGCCUAAGUUUACUGACGCCAUGGUCGAUCCUACAAAAGAGGCCAGGCUCUUUCACAACUAUCAAACUACCCGAAAGGCUGAGCUCAAGAUAAGGGAUAGAGCAGACAAGGCACCCGGAAACCUCCGUCAACUUGGGCUUUUCAACAUCAGUACCGGUGUUGCAAAAACACACACACCCAAUGCCUCCGGGUCCGGGAAAACUCCUGUUGAGGGUUCUCCAGUCCAGGAGAGGAGGUCCUCUUUUGAGGCAACGAAGUCAUCGCUCAAGAAAAAGGCAUACAGCGAGGCGUUUGAUAAUGACAAGCCUCAGGGGGAACGCAUUCGAAAGAAAUCUCGUUCUGUGCAUUUCACUGGAGAAACACCCAGUAGCGAGCACUUGAAGCCGGGGCUCAGCCACAACCACAAGGACUCGUCACUUGUGAGUGAACCGGAGGCAAGUGAUUCCAACGAUGAAGAACUCUUCGUUGGAGGACUAUCCAGGGGGCUGCCAAUACGCCCGUCUACUACGCUUGCCACCGAUUCAACACUCAAAAAGGUUCCUCUGAGGCAUGCGCUCAGCAGAAGCCAGACACAAACAGUCAGAAAAAGAAUAACCCUGGGUCCUGCUGACUCCCAGGAGGUGGACGUGGUUUUUGAUGACGUGCCAAGGACCGAAGAGUCUUGGAACUGGACAGCCUGCUUACCCGGCGCCGAGUCCAAGACUUCACCCGGUGCUAUGAUAAGGUACAUGGUGUUCAAACCAAAUUUCCCAGCAGCACAGCCGCUCAUUAUGGCUGGCGGUGUCUCGCACAAGGUCGUGGCCAGUAACCGAGUCAAUAUUAUGCGGUCUAUGUUUGGAUUCGAUUAUGACAAGCUUCUGCCAGUACGGUCAUUAAGGGAGCCACACCGACAUGAUUUUUAUCUUGCUUUUCCCCCAAACAAGGACCUGAUGCUAAAUAGUGUGGCGGCUUGGCUCACAGAAGCAAAUCCUGACUGCCAACUCUUUUCGGCCCAGAGAACUGGUGAUUGGCGCGCAUUUGCUGACUCGGAGCGCAAACAGAGCGGAACCAUCAUUCUACACGAAACUGUCACGCCCUUGAUCAGACUUUUCCCUGGUAUUGGCCCCUUACUUCACGACAUGAAAAAUGCUGCAUACACUAUCUGGGAACUGGGAGAGGCUAUGCAGGUUCAUCCACCAAUGCCAUCAAUAGACGAGCAGUCUUCGAAGCCUGGUCAAAUCAGGUUGACAAGACUUUUCCCUCAUGGCAGUGCUGUCCUUCUCACACCAAGCUUCUUUCUGACCCAGCCGGUGCAAGCCACUAGGCUUCUAUCGUGGUAUUCGAAACGCAUAGCCACGCCUAUGUUUUAUGUCAAGCUCGUUGUUAGCGAGUCCAUUGUUGACUUCUUGCAAGAUCUUGCCCACGAGAAAACAUCUCAAAGGGAGACACUGUUCUCGCGUCAGCCAAGACAUUCAAGUUUGGAGGCGCUCGAAUCACAGGCAAAGCAGCAAGGUAUCACUCAGGAAGAUUGUGCCGCUAGACAUGAGGCAUUGUCAAUAGUUCUCGACCUGAUUGGAUCUGCCGAAGGCCGACUCAUGGAUGAAGUUCAGGAGCCUUUCAUCUAUGUAAACGACUGCAUCGACGCCAAUGAUGAACAGAGUCUAGGGAAUUGGUUUGGUUACUGGUCUCUGACCAAACUGGAUUCGUAUCGAAAGUUUCACAUUUUAGGAUCUCACGAAAAUGAUUAUAGCCGGUCUUCUCGGGACAUACGGAUUCCGCGCUACGCUGCCAGGACCACGGGAGAUCCUGACCUCGCCUCAGCCCGAGCCGGGGAGACUCAAGUCGCUGCUCAGGUGCCUCCUGCACAGGACGAUUCUGGCGCCCGGUCUCAGAUCCUAGGCAGGGCAGGCGGUGAAGAUUUCGCCCAAUAUCUUUCAAGCUACCAGUUUGCGCACGUUCGAGGGUUUAUGAAGCUCUAUUCGUAUUGCGUAUCAUGGUUCAAUGACAGUUUUCAGAUGGCGGAUCACUUUGGUGACACGACAUGUAGAUUCGAAACCUACCGAAAUUGGUUCAGCUUUACUUAUCCUUUUGCCAAGCAGAGAGGCUACAAUACCUACGUUGCAUUCUUCUACACAAUAGAAGGGCCAUGGGAUCCGGCAGCGUAUCCCAAGGAUCGAUUACCUGAACGACACCCCUGGAUCGGCAUUUGGCGAGUUGUUAAUCCACACCAACAGCCCUGCAGGGCUACGGAGCUUCUCAUCUGGGACAUUGCAGCACCUCAACGUGUUGCGAGCGAUCGAUCGGUGCAUGUUGGGAGCCUCUUGCCAGCCCAAAAAGCGUUGGUGGACUUUGUGGAGAAGAAUUCGGCGGAAAAGAACCCUAGCAUGGCGUUCCAGCAAGUCUGGCUCGGCGGUUUUGACCCCCCGCGCCUGGAGCGCAGCACCGUCCUUGAUAAAACGUUGGAGAUGCUGGAGAUCAUGCUGAGUGGCGCAAAGCAAUGGCUACCUGCCCCCGAACAUGUAUUGCCAGUUAGAGGCUGGCGCAAAGUCAACAUGCAGCAUGAAGCACCGGCUACGGAUCUCAUUGAGCAGCAAGCGACAAUUGAGGACGACUCCCCUGAAAAGAUUGUAUUCCACGCCCCACGUGGUAAUGGGCUACAGGAGGUUGUUGGACGAAGUAAAUGCGGCAACGUGCUAUUCCAAGAAGUCUCAAAAUUCCGACUGACCGACAAGACACGCAAAUACAUGUCGUACAGAUUUCCGCCGACGAUGGAAUGGUACACACGGCAGAAAGCAGAAGGGCGCCACUAUGAACACAUCAAUGUGGACUCAUGGGAGGGCAUGUUUGCACGUUUGAGGAUCGCAUCUGUUGGCGGCAAGCCGACGCAUCACAGGGAAACUUACGAGCCUGAGAGCAGCUCUACGUCCGCUCAGACAACGCCCAGUCACUAG